AUGGGAGACAAGGGUGUGGAACAGUAUCUUUCUGAAUACACUCUAGUUUCCCAACUCCUCGACAAGAUUAAUAGAAUUGAAUCAGUGAAAGAUAGGUGGAUACCGACUUUUUCACCUCCGAUUAGGACAUUGAGUGCUCUUCUUAAUCAAGAGCUAGAGGUACCGCUCAUUGGAGCAAGUUUUGAGAUCCAGGGCGGCUACACUCUUAAACCGCGGACAAUAGGCCAAUGGUUCCUGAUGUUAUUGCUGGAAAGAGUAAGACGCCAGGUCGAUGAGGGAAUCGGGCUACACACACUGAUAUAUUGUGUGUGCUGGUGUGCUCCUUUAGUGAAUGAGCAUGAUUAUGAGCGCUUGCGGUACAGCGCUACAAUGAUCAAAGCUUGGUUGUUGCAAAAUACGUGCCAGGACUGCGUUUAUAAGUUCCUUCGGGAGCAUCGCGCUGACUUAGCGUUUGAAUAUUACUUCAAUAUUGCUGAUUCCUUUUCGGAAUGCAUCAUCCUGCCCGAAAUGCGAACUUCAAUAAAAUAG